AAUCUCGGGUUGUGGUAGUGACUGGGGUGGUAGUACGGGCAUUAGUCAGCAUGGAAUACCGCCAGCUGUCGCACAAAUAGUAACACCAACCAUAAAUACCACACAACCAACUCGCCAAUCACCUGGGGUAAAUACUGGUGGAUGAUCUUCACAUUAUUGCUAGCAUGGAAUCCUUUAUGGUGCCCUGCCAGUCAAAUGCACAGCCACCACCAGCUUCUCCUUGAACUAGGCCACCUGCUGGAAAUACUUCUGGAUCUUGGGGCCGCUGACCUCCCCCUGGGUGGUAAAGGUGCAGGCCAUGGCGGGUUCCUGCACAAUCCAGUCCAGCAGCCAGCUGCACCCAGCCACGGGCCACCGGGUCCGCGCAUCCUGCAAAAAACUCCAGCCAGGGGUGGCUUCAGUGGGGUUGUCGAAUAACUGAUCCCAUGGAAUGGCGGGCCAUUGAUCUGGAUUGGGUUAGCAUAACA